AUGCCAUCUGCGAGGGCCAAGAGCACUCAGGGCCUACCCUCGAGGCCACCCACAGCUCGGCCAGCCACCUCGAGCGGCGAAGACGGCUCGCGGGUCGUCGCCAUCCUCCCAGCGCGGGGCCCAGGCCGCGACGUCGGCCUCGUCUCGCUCGAGGUCGACACCGGUCACGUCCACCUCACCCAGUUCACCGACUCGCCCACCUGGGUCAAGACGCUCCACCACUGCCGCAACGCGCGCCCAAAGGCCAUCCUCCUCCCCACCAGCGCCCUCUCGACCGCCGCCCGCACCGCCGAGCCCGAGCCCGACGACACGGACGACGUCGAGCACACGGCCACCGCCGCCGCCUCGAGCGCACAGGUCGCCAUGCUCGUCGACAGCCUCAAGCUCGACUGCCCCGACGUGCCCCUCGUCGCCGUCCUCCGCAAGUACUGGAACGAGCAGGCCGGGUUCGAGUUCCUCACGCAGCUCGCCGUGCACGACGACGAGCGCCUGUCGACCCUCAACGUGUCCAAGGCCAAGUGGUACGCCCUGAGCGCCGCCGCCGCCCUCUUCAAGUGGCUCGACUCGACCCAGAGCCUCUCGUUCCCGCCCAACUCGCUCCGCAUCCGCUACGCUCCUCUCGACGGCACCUGCCUCGUCGACACCGAGUCGGCAAGGAACCUCGAGCUCGUCGCCAACGUCCUCAACAAGAACUCGAAGCAGCACCUCCUCGGCAUGCUCGACAAGUGCCAGACGCCCAUGGGCACGCGGCUCCUCCGCUCCAACAUCCUGAGCCCGCUCACCAACCCGAGCAUCAUCGACGGCCGUCUCGACGCGGUCGAGGAGCUCGUCAACUCGGAAGAGCGCUCUCGCGCGGUCCGCAAAGCUCUCGAGGGGCUCAAGUCGCUCGACCUCGACAAGAUCGUCUCGCGCCUCCUGUCUCCCAUCCGGACCCCCUCAACCUCCUCCUUCCGCGCCUCGACCUCGUCCCUCUUCCCUCGUGCGACCGUGAACCAGGACCCGUCGUCCCGCAUCGCGUCGCACCUCGCCCACCUCCUCCACCUGCGCCAGUUCCUCUCGUCGCUCCCCAAGCUGCGCGCCGCCGUCGAGCACGCCGACGCACGCCUCUUCGAAGCCGUCGACCGCGCCCUCGCCGACGAGCAACUCGACCGCAUCGCCGACGUCAUCGCGUCGGGCGUCAACCCGGACGUGUGGGCCGCGCAAGGCGGCGACGGGCCGGGCAGGAAGGGGGGCGCGGCGGCGGCGGGAGGGUUGACCAAGCGGCACGCGAGGCUGUUCGCGAUCAAGGCCGAGCGCAAGCUUCUCCUCAACGUCGCGCGCGAGACGUACCGCGAGAACCUGAGCGACGCGCACGACCUCGGCGACACGCUCCGCUCCACGUUCGCGCUCGAGACGGUACAGAUGGUGCAGGUCGGCGGCGCCGGCGGCGGAGGAGCCGGCGGCGGGUUCGUUUUUGUCAUGAGCCGCGACGAGUGGGACGACAAGAAGGGCGAGAUGGCGAGGGCCGUCACCAACGUGACGGUCAAGGGCAAGAAGGUCGAGUUCUCGUCGCUCGAGCUCAAGAAGCGCAACGCUCGCCUGCACGACUCGGUUCAGGAGAUCCUCAUCAUGUCGGAGGAGAUCCUCGAGGAGAUGUUCUACGACAUCAGGGGCUGCCUCGGGUGCCUGUACAAGGCCGCCGAGGUCAUCGCCAUGCUCGACAUGAUCUCUUCGUUCGCCGAGGUCUCGAGCAAGAACGAGUACGUGCGCCCCGAGUGGACCGACACGCUCGCGAUCAAGGCCGGCCGUCACCCGCUCCACGAGCAGUUCCGCAUGUCGGACGGCUCGUUCGUGCCCAACGACACGUACGCGAGUGACUCGGCAUCCUUCCAGCUCAUCUACGGCGCCAAUAUGAGCGGCAAGUCGACCCUGCUUCGCCAGAUCGCUCUCCUCCACGUCAUGGCCCAGAUCGGCUGCUUCGUCCCGGCCCUUUACGCCUCGUUCCGCCCCAUCUCGGCCCUCCUCACCCGCCUCUCGAACGACGACGACCUUGCCGCCUCGCUGUCGACGUUUGCGAGCGAGAUGAGCACGAUGAGUAUGAUCCUCGGUACGCUCGGUGCGCAGCAGGGCGAGAGCGGCGAGGACGGGUCGGCCCACUCCCUCGUGCUCGUCGACGAGCUCGGGAGGGGCACGAGCCCUGAGGAGGGGGUCGGCAUCGCGCACGCCGUCGCCGAGGAGAUCAUCAAGAGCAAGGCGUUCUGCUUCUUCGCGACGCACUUCAAGGAGCUCGCCGUCACGCUCCCAUCACGGUACCCGAGCGUCGUCUCGCUCCACCUCGAAGCCGAGAUCGACGAGAGCCAGCCCGACUUCAGCAUCACGUUCCGCCACAAGCUCGCCAAGGUCGCCAAGCUGCCCUCGCGCGUGCUCGACGUCGCGCGCGUCGCGAGCCUCACGCUCGAGAACUUGGCCGAGGACGGGCGCAGGAGAAGCAGGGAGGGCAAGCUCGCGCGCAGGAGGCGGUGCCUGCUCGAGCUCGGGUUUGCGCAGCUCAAGACGACGCUUAAGGACCUCGCCUCGAGCAAGGUGACCGACGCCGACAUGCUGCGCGGCCUCAUGCGCCAGCUGCAGGACGACACGGUCGCCAUGCUCGCCGAGACGAUGCAGCCGGCGCGCUCGUUCCCGGCGGCGAUGGACGUCGACGCAGUCGCCGAAGUGGAGGAGCGGUCGGGGCGAGACGAGCUCGAGGACGGCGACCUGGCAGCGAUGUCGCUCGCCUCGUCGCAGGAGGACGUCGGUGGGGCGGAUCAGGAGGGAGCAGCGGUGGACGAGGUGCUCGAGGACGUCGAUGCGACGUGCGAGGAGGGGCUCGAGGCCGGAACGGAGGAGGAGGACAUGCUUGCGUUCGACUGAGUUGUCCGUAGCCUUGUUGCUGUCGCGCUUGUCGCUUUGCUUGCACUCAGGUCUGCCUUUCCCGGC